ACCCUCUGUCCUGAUUUUUUUUCACAUUUGCUAUCUGGUCACCCUACGUAGUUCAGAGAGAUGGGUCCAGAUCUGGAGCUCAGGCCUUGUCCACCUGGCGGGGUUUCAGCCGCUAGUGUGGCUGCUCUGACGUAGGCAGGCAAAGCCAAUAUAAGCCAGGGCUUCUCAUCUCGAUUUCAAGAAGGUGCAAAUCACAGCAUCCAAUAUAGUCUGUCUAUUCUGUAGCUUGCAUUGGUGCAGCCACACCUGUGGGCUGUCACUGGGGCCAAUCUUCAGUGUGGACCAAGCCUCACUUAAACUGGUGUAAAACUGGAGUGACUCUGGAGUAAGGCCAUUGGACAGGAGAAAAGAAUCUGGCCCCUCGUGUUUUGCAGUGGUCCAGCAGACUCAUGUCCAAUGUUUUUCCCCCUCCAGGUCGCACCUCCUGGUGUGAUGAGCGAUGAUUAUCCAAGGCUGCAGGGCAGGGAGAGCUGAGUUCUGCUGUGAGUGUGACAUCUCUGCCAGCUGGAUCACCGCUGCAGUCUCUGACGGUGAUGAGUAGAACAAGGGUUAAAGAGGGUUCGCCCAGAUUGAAAUGGUCCCGGUGAACGGAGCAACUUUGUAACGGCAGCUAGUACUUAUCUGUGUAAAACCGGCUGCAAACCCCGCCGUGAGCUGCCAUCGCCUUGACAGAUGCGCUGUGCUGCCUUCAAGAUCCCGCACAGAUGUUCCUCGUCCACCCGACAGGAAGCUUCGUCGAGCCAAGAUUAGCAUACUGAAGUCACCAACAGCAGUGCUUUUUCAAAGCUUUCCGGCUAUGCAGUGAAGAUCUGCAGCAAAGAAGCAGCUAUUUUUUUCCUCUCCGUGAAAGCUCAUUCUCCGGAAUGGCUUGUUUUAGCGCGGUGUAUGCGCUCGUGUUUCCAUGCUUGAACCAAAAAUCCUGCCAGAUUCCAGCUAGGCAGAAGAAGAGGUUGAAACUUGUCUGAGGAAGGAUGAACUGGGAAGCCAGUUAUAAAUGAUUAGCCCUUAUGACCAACAUGAGCUGGAGUUUUCUCACCCGUCUGCUAGAAGAAAUUCACAAUCACUCCACUUUUGUGGGGAAGGUCUGGCUCACCGUGCUGAUCGUCUUCCGUAUCGUCCUGACGGCUGUUGGAGGGGAGUCCAUAUACUCAGAUGAACAGAGCAAAUUCACGUGUAACACCAAGCAACCAGGCUGUGACAAUGUCUGCUACGAUGCCUUCGCACCGCUAUCACAUGUCCGGUUCUGGGUCUUCCAGAUCAUCAUGAUCUCAACCCCUUCCAUCAUGUACCUGGGCUAUGCCAUCCAUAGGAUCGCUAGGUCCUCCGAGGAGGAGAAGAGGCUUAAGGUACUCAAGAAGAAGAAGAAGCAGUUUGCUUUGAACUGGCAGGCUGUCCGUAACUUGGAAGACCCUUUGGAAGCAGACGAAGAGGAGCCCAUGAUCUCCGAUAACACGGUGGAAAAUGAGGAGAAAGCCAAAGCAAACAAAAAGAGCAAGGAGCAGCAGAAGCACGACGGGAGGAGACGCAUUAAGCAAGAAGGGCUGAUGAAGAUUUACGUCUUCCAGCUCCUUGCUAGAGCUUCAUUUGAAGUUUGUUUCCUGGUUGGGCAGUAUUUUCUCUAUGGCUUUGAGGUGGAAGCAUAUUUUGUCUGCAACAGAGCCCCUUGCCCUCACACCGUGGACUGCUUUGUGUCAAGGCCGACAGAGAAGACCAUCUUCCUCCUGGUGAUGUAUGUUGUGAGCUGCCUGUGUCUGUUGCUCAACAUGUGUGAAAUGUUCCACUUGGGGUUUGGGACCAUUCGAGAUGCCAUUCGCAACAGAAAGAUUAAUAGUUUCAGGCAGCCUCCAUACAACUAUUCCUAUUCGAAGAAUAUCUCCUGCCCUCCCGAGUAUAACCUGGUUGUGAAAUCGGAGAAGCCCGCAAAGGUCCCAAAUAGCCUGUUGGCCCAUGAGCAGAACUUGGCUAACGUUGCUCAAGAACAACAGUGCACAAGCCCAGAUGAGAACAUCCCGCCAGAUCUGUCCACCCUUCAUAAACACUUGAGAGUGGCCCAGGAGCAGUUAGACAUCGCAUUCCAGAGCUACAGUGCCACUCAGGCCAACAUGCAGCCUUCCAGAACCAGUAGCCCACCUUCAGGUGGGACGGUGGUAGAACAGAACAGGGUCAAUACUGCCCAUGAGAAACAAGGCGCUAAGCCCAAAGCCAGUUCAGAAAAAGCUAUUUGCCCAGGACGACCCACUGCAGGCUCUCUGCGACAGAGACUGGACUGACAAGCGAGCUGGCUGGCGGGAAGGGGACUCUGUUGAUCAUUCAGAAGAAAAGUCUUGACUACCCUGAGCAACUCAUGUCCUGCAUCGUGAGGCUAUAGUACUGUACUUGUGUUGAGAAGGGUUUAAUUACUAAAUGUCCUUCCUCAAAUUAAUUUGAAUUCCUCCGUUAAAGGGGAAAACAGUGACAUGUUGAAUAAACUGCCACGAUCCACCAGCAUGGCUCGUUUCCUGCCUGGAUUCUUACAUGCACUAACAAGCAGUCAUUGGAGAUGAACGCAACAGAGAUUGCAGCCGUGAGUUCUUCUAACCAUGCAUUAAUGGAACAUGAAGACUGUCGGAAGCACAGUAGCCAUAUUUUAAAGAAUGUACGCAACCCUGAGUGAUUAGCGUUGAGGUAAAUGUUGUAUCCUUUUCUUCCCCCAAUCAGUGUUGAACUGCAAAGCAAACGGGAUCAAAUGCUAUGUAGCAUUUGCAGUCAAUUUGCACUGUAACAAUGCUGCAGUAUAGCAUUCAUCCCAGAGCUGGUGGGAAUUGCAGCAGUUUAGUGUUUUUUAACACUGCUACUGCACAUCUUAAGCAAAAGUGCCUUUAAGCAACCAGGAAAAUGAAAUUCGAAGUUUCUAAUGUCUGUGUUAACUCUUGGUAGAGAUCAGAAGACCAGUGCUGACAAAUUUUGUUAUCAUGUACUUUUGUUUUAAUCAAAAGCUUAUAAAUAGUUGCAGACAAAUAGAUCAAUGCAUAGUGUGUACAGUGUGUGUGUGGAGACAUAUAUUUAAGUAUAUAUACACACACAUCUGAAUAUUAUGUGUGAGAUACAGAUAUAUAUAAUGUAAUAUCAAUCCCACAAUGAUUUUUACAACUUCCCACCCCCACCAAAAAACACCAGCUCAGAAUGGUGGCUGAUUUUUCUCUCUUGGAAGUUGAAUCGCCAGCCCUUGGGCCAGAUCCUCAGCUGGUGUCAGUUGGUUCAGCUUCAUUUAUUUCAUCUGAUCCAACCUGAGACUCUGCCCACUUGGCUUUAAUGGGGACAGGAGAGGGGCCAUUCCCAAAAAGCACUCGUCUGAAGUUUAAGGCCCAAAUCACACGACUAGUUCCACUGGACUUGUGUACACCAGGUUAUUUUGGCUAAAGUUUACCACCAGAGAUACCCACAAUGCAAUGCUAGUGCAGACCAAGUCUAUGCAACAUGGUGCUUAACAAUGCCAGUGGCCACUGGCACCUUGUCUGCUCUAGUUCUGCGGGAGAAAGUGAACCGAUGGUGGGAGAAGUGGGGAAAUCUUAAGAAAAGAAGCCCAGUCUAGACACCGCCAUUGACUUCCAUGAGGCUAUUCAUGUCAGUGAGGCAAGCAGGGUUAGGACCCUAAACACAGCGUGGCUCCAACUAGAAGGGUUUCAAACACUCUCUGUCAGAAAUUCUUUGGCAAUGUAUUUUUUUCAUCAUUGCCAAAGUAUUAUUUUUUUCACGUAUCUGACUUGUACAAAACUGACUGUGUCUGUGGCUUUGUUGUGAAUUAACUCCGGUAACGAGCAGAAAUGUAAUCCUGACCGCUGGGAACAUAGCUGGGGGAUUUAUCGGCCUGGGUGUCAGUGGAUGUGCUGAAGUAAAAAAGUAAAUAAAUAACUGCCCCAUUUUCUGCUCUGUUGCCUCUCGCGGAGAGCCUGAUCCUGCCAGGUGCCUAGGUGUCCUCAAUUCCUACUGUGGCUUUGCAGGAUCCAUUCAGGAGCUUCCAGGAUUAGACCCAUACAUCUCAGACCACGAUAAACCUCUAAACACUCUGAAUGAGCAGAGCACUUAAGAACGUGCUUAACUUUAAGCAAGUAAGUAGCUCUGUGGGCCGACUCGUGCAGAAGUGCUGUAUUCAGUCAGGGCCUAUGAAGGCACUUCCGAAAGCUCUACAGCAUCAUCAGUGAUAGUGACAGAGCAAAUGAUUGUUUUCAAAGGAAUACAUUGACCAGCUCGAGAGCUUCUGGCAAAAAUGUUUAAUAUAUUUUGCUUAGCCACCUAUAAAGUAAUUUAGGGUUUGAUCCUGUUCCCAUUGGAGGACAUCUCCUGGAAGCAGAAUCUGCUCCAUGUGAUUGUUGAAUAUGACUGAGUGACUCGAAGGAACUGAUCACAAAUCAUCAGUUCUGUUUAAAGGAAUGCAGCUUUAUUCUGCUGCCCGACAGGGCACAUGUAGUGGAUUUCCUCAGCAGGAUAGGUCAGGAUUACUCCAUGGGUCUGUCUUAGGAAAGAACUCACUUUAGCCGUGAGUUUUGCACAAAAGGCUCCUAAUAUUUACAACCUGGUGGGGGGUGGAAGAAACAUAUCGGUCUGCUCCUCCUGGCUGAGUCCUUUCUCUUUGCUUCAUGGAACGACUUUGCAUUUUGCAUGGAGUUAAAUUAUUCCUCCUAAACGUGGGACAUACCUAAAAACUAAGAGGGUCUGCUUGAUAAUGGUGGGUUCCAUUAAAAAUGAAAUGUGCUGCAGAUCCCUUGACCCUGGUACAUAUUCUGAACAGGAGCGAUGCCGUGGUGAAGUCAGGCCCACAGCUGGGAAUUGGUUUAUGCUUUAUGCUGCCCAGUGUGGACGUUUAUACUGCGUAUCUAUGUGAAUCUCCCUUGGUUAGCUCUGGCCCUGUGCCCCGCACAGGCAAUUAACAUGGUGACCCUGAUGGAAGCUCUGAGUAGACUGAGGGUUGGAUGCUGCAUGUUUUUUUCCUUAGCGAUGACUCACAAUGCAGCAGGCCCAUUGAAACGUGUCCCCCUGGAGCAGAGCAGUGACUCUCUGCUGCAUGGGGGAGUUUGGGUUGUAUGUUUAUCCUGGUUAUAACAGCAACAACAGCCUCCAGCCCUCAGCAUUUCCUGAACAAUUCCUGCUGGGUGUAAUUGACCCCAGGUUUCCACUGGACUCCUCAGCUAGUCAUUAACCUUCAGGGAGUGUUCUGUGUUUAAUUCAAUCCUGCUUUGAUUGGUGUUGCUGGACCGAGAAUAGCCAGCCAGAGAAAAAGAGCCAGCCCCUUGGCUCUGACUUUAUUUGUAAGGGUGGCUAACGCCAAGCAUUUGCCCAGAAGGCAGAGAAACAAGCUUUAAAUCUGACAUCUCAGAGUCCAUCACAUCACAUGAGCUCGCUCUAAUCAAUGUAUAAUCGGCCCUUAUUGUUUAUUAUAUUAGGAAGAGAUGCACAACCGCUUUGGAUCUGUGCGGGCCUUGUGAGCCCUGCUCUCCCUGCAGCCACCAUCUCUAGGGCUAAGGACCGUCAGCGAGUGCAGGAUUUUGCUGUUAAUACUCUCUUGUCGGUUCUAGUCUAACCUCCUUUCUGAGUGGUCUAUAAUUAUAAUCUCUCAUCACCCAUGCCUAAUGCUGUACAAAGAGCUAAUUAACCCUCAACACGCCUGGAAGGUAACUAUUAUUAACCCCACUUUAUCCAGCAUGGUUAAGACGCUUACCCAAGGCAUCCAGCGGGUCAGUGUCAGAGACAGGAUUAGACUGCAGCGAUUCCAAGUGUCCAGCCCCAUGUUCAGCCUAUUGGCUCCAGUUCACCUGUUUUAGGCAGCCAAUAUGUGGUAUACACAUUUUCAGUGUAGAAACAUUUUCAGUUACAAAAUGAUUGUGUCUGGCAGGGGGGUUGGUUUGGUUUCGUUUCCUGGCUUCACUUGCUGUGGUGAAAAGCAGAUGGCUUGAGAGCUGUGAUUGAGGACUUGCUUGUGAUGCCUUGUUAAAAAGGGAGUGAGUUAAAGAUGGGAUUUCAGAAGCCUCUCUGAAUUUCCUGACCCUUCUGGGUAGCCUAUGCCAGGUACUUAGUGUUACCAUGGUGGUCAAUGAGCUGUAUUUCUGCAGGAGGGACACCAAAUUAUCACCCAAACUAACGGGCAGGGAAGUUGGGCCCUCAGUACCUAUUGAAUGUCUCAAUGUGUGAUUCUCCUUACCCCCCAUUCCACACCAUCAGCAUAACGGGUCAGAUGAUGAUUGCGAGCAUGUCAGUGUUGUACACAAUAGUCCAAAUUCUGUCCUGAUUCAUUCGCUACCCCAGUCAAGUGAACCCAUACAAUCAGUAAAGUUGCAUGGGGCAUAAGAUGGGGCAGAACGUAACUCACAUUUUCCAUAUGCCCCCAUGCAGCUACAGGGCAGUGCUGAACAGCAUGCCUGUGGGGCUAGGCAGUGGCAAUGUGAUAAUAGUAGAUUGCAGAAUCCUGGCCUCAUUCAAGUCACUAGGAGUCUUGCCAGUGACUUCAGUGGGGGAAGCAUUUUACCCAUAAAAGUUUAAAGUCACAUCUGGGGCCAGUGCUGGCUCAUUUCUUGCAGCACCUUGUCCAGGGCUCUGUCCAUUCUAGAAUUAACUUGUAAAAGACCCGAGCAUGGGGCUUCCACCACCUCCCUUGAGAGAAUAUGUCACUGUCUUAGAGCAUUCAGGGUUAGAUUUGUUUCCUGCUAUUCAGCCCGUAAGGUAGCCGUGACCUAGUGGUUGGUGAUAAAACUGAAUCAAGAGACCUGUGUGCUGUUCCCGACCAUGCUACUGAUAAUCUCUGUGACCUUGGUUGAGUCACUUUCCGUUUCCUUAUCUGCAACAUAGGGCUGAUAACGUUUACCCACCUUGGUAAAGCACCUCGAGACUUGCAGGUGAGAAGACACGCUGUGUGUUGCACCUCUGCAGAGCUUCUCUAACCUCCAGCAGCCUUGCCAGCGCUGCCUUUGGGAUGAUCCACAACCCCAAAUCUCUGUAGCACUCAGUGCUAUGGAGGAUUCCCUUUCAACUCACAGCCAGCGCAGCAAGAGUCCCACACUAGGGGAUGAGAGGAGAGGAGCCUAGGCACACUUAGAGCUGCUCUUACACUAGGGGAAUUCUUCCCCAGUCCCUUUGGCUCAAUUACAGCCCUUAUUUGCCAUGGGAGCAGCAUGUAGGAGCCAAAGCAAGGGACAGAAUUGGCCCGGAGAAAUGUACAUUAGUAUUAUUAUGUGAUGUUGCUGAAUGCCCUCCCACUACUUCUUUCACAUCCCUUGGGGACCUCCCAAGCUGUGUUCCCUCUUUUGCUGGUUAUACUCUCUAAGGCCUUCAGAGGUCAUCAUUGCACCAGGCUACCGGGAUUUAAUACUGCCUCGCAAAUGAAUCUGUGCCAAUCUCAAAAAAGAAAUCCCAUUUUUUUAUGGGAAGGAGAAAUAUUAGGAGGCACAAUAAACAUAACCUUCUUAAACAAUGUGGCAAAAAGUUGGGUCCCAGAUUAGGUAAUAAUCCAUCAGGAGCUAACCAUCUAAUUGCUCAGACAAUUGCAACUAAUUCACAUGCAGCAUCCUUCUCGAACGAGAUCACUAUAUGGGAUGGGUUUAAUGCUUUGCUUGUUUUACAGGUUAGUUGUUUCAUUCUCAGAGCAGAUGGGUUUAGUUGUGUAGUUUGUUUAAUCCUAAAUGCUGAAUAUAUUCACUAAAACAUGUCAGAUAAAGUGCUCAUCUUUUUUAUUCAGGGCCUGGAAUGUCCCAGGUAGAAGCCAAAUUACCUUGUUGCUUGCAUUCCAUUCCACUGGAAAAUACUUGAACUUAACUAAAGGCCAUAACAAGUCUGUGCUGUUACAGAGUUUCUGGGAGGUUUUGUACUAACUGUAUUUGUAUUUGAAACUUUUUGCGUAUGAAAUUGAACCUGUAAAUAUUUUUCAGUGUAAAUGUUACAUCUGGAAUGUAGUUAGAAUGUUACACAUAUUUGUCAACAAAACAAACCCCAGCUCUUUGGAUAUUCAAUUUCCAAUACUAAUAACAUGGAAUAAAACAUACAUAUUGUUUACAGUA